AUGUUCGGAUAUAUUGGAUAUAUUUCCCCGGAUGAGCGGGCCGGAUCCCGACGCUCAUCUCGGAAUCGCUGCUCGCCGCAACAGACAGCGACUACGCCACUUCAAGACCUACCCCUCAAAAUGCCGCGCACGAACACGUUCACGGGCGCAAAGACGGCGCUGCCCGAGUCGGCCGAGCCUACGUCCAAGACUGUCGGCGGCGCGAACAACGGCCAGACGCGCUCGGUGCCGGCGGCCAAGGCGCCGCGGUACUACCCGGCAGAGGACGUGCCGGUGGCGAAGAAGAGCAGGAAGACGCCCAAGCCCGCAUCCCUUCGCUCGUCCAUCACCCCCGGCACCGUCCUCAUCCUCCUCGCCGGCCGUUUCCGCGGAAAGCGCGUCGUAUUCCUCAAGCAGCUCGAGUCGGGCCUGCUUCUCGUCACCGGCCCCUUCAAGGUCAACGGCGUCCCCCUCCGCAGGGUCAACCAGGCCUACGUUAUCGCAACGUCUACAAAAGUCGAGCUCGGUGACUUCAAGCUCGACGACAAGUUCACGGACGCGUACUUCACCGCCAACUCCAAGAAGGGCAGCAAGUCGGCCGAGGAGGAGUUCUUCGCCGAAGGCAAGCCCAAGGAGCGGGAACCCCUCCCCGAGGCACGCACCACCGACCAGAAGGAGGUCGACAAGUCCAUCCUCGCCGCGGUGAAGAAGACGGACAACCUCGUCAAGUACCUCUCGUCCUCGUUCGGCCUCUCCAAGGGCCAGUUCCCCCACCAGCUCAAGUUCUGA